AUGGAGGCCGCGCAGUUACGGGCAGAGCUGUGGGGCCUGGACGACGCCGGGGUACGGAAGGCACUCUUUCAGGUGGAGGGCCCCUCCCGGGAGGAGCUCAUCGUGGAGCGCGACGCCGCCUGGGCGCGCGCUGAGGCCUUGGAGCGCAGCCUGGAGAUGGAGCGGCUGACCUCGCGGGCCAUGGCCACGGAGGCCGUGGAGGCGCAACGAGAGGCCCAGCGCUGCAAGGCGGCGGAGGCGCUUGCGCCGCGGCGCUGCCAGGAGCGAUGCUGCGAGUCCAUCCGCGGCAGCAGCGCGCCGUUGCAGCCCUGCGAGUGGUUCCGAGUGCAGGGCACCGCCUGCCAGCACCAGCGGGAGGCCCAGGACUUGCAGCAGAAGCUCCGCUGCUGUGAGGACGAACUCCAGGCCUCUGAAGGUGCGCGGCAGAAGCUGCAGAUGCUGCUGGAUCGACGGCCGGAGGAGUCGGCGGAGCGGACAGGUCGCGUGGCCACGGCGGCCCUGAAGAGCGCCGAGGAGAAGCUGGCGGACAGUGAGGCUCAGGCGGUGCUGGCACAUCGCCAGCGGAUGGAGGUGGAGAGGAGGCGCCAGGAGGAGCUCGCAGAGGUGCGAAGCCACCUGCAGCACCUCGAGGCCAAUCACUGCCAGCUGUCGCGCCACGCCCAGCGUGCCCACGAGGACGCUGCGGCGCUGGACUUCGAGCGGCGCCAGAAUGCCGUGCUGCAGUCGGAGCUUCAGGCAGCGCUGCUGGAGAGGCAGUCGGAUCGCAGACCCGGGGCGAAGCUAAAGCAGGCGCUGAAGGAGGAGGACACCGGCAGCCACGCCACUUCGGAGUUCUGGUGCCCCGACGAGGCCGUCACUGCCAUCACCGAGCCGACAGCCUUGGCGCCGGCGGCGGCUGCGCCGGAGGUGCCGCCAUUCCAGGAGACCAGAAGUCAGCAGGACUUGGUGAUGCUUCCGCCGCCCAAGGUGAUUCGAAUUGUCUCGGACGAGGGGUCUGGCGGCUUCUCGCAGUUCUCUUCCAGCCCCGCAAGCCCAAGCACCCGGUCGCACGACGAGCGGAGAACCCAGAAGUAUUUGGAUGCGACUGUGCCUGAUCCAGUGACUGGUCCCUUGGUGCAAGAUCCAGUCACUCGGAUAAUCCAAAGUGGCGAGAGGUACUUCUCACCACGUCAGGUGUACGGGCCUUCCUAA